AUGAAGGUCACCAAGCCCGCGUGGGUUGAGCACUCGACGGGUGACAAGAAUACCCGGAGCCCGAUCUACUCCAUCGCCGUCCAUCCCGACGGCACGCGUCUCGCGACUGGCGGACAAGAUAACAAGGUCAAGAUCUGGAACACGCUGCCCAUCCUCAGCGAAGAGGCUGCUGCCAACGAACUGAACCACAAGCUGCUGUGCACCAUGUCUGCGCACACCGGUCCCGUUCUCACGGUACGCUGGGCACACCAUGGUCGCUUCCUUGCCAGUGGCAGCGACGACUCGGUGCUCUUGAUCUGGGACAUAGACCCCGCGGGUGGCGGGCGCGUUUUCGGAUCUGAAGAAGUCAACGUCGAAAACUGGAAGGCGCUACGUCGCCUCGUGGGGCACAUUGCGGACGUGGUCGACUGCGCGUGGUCGCGUGACGACACCAUGCUCGCUUCCGUCGGCCUCGACUCGAAGAUCAUCAUCUGGGACUGCACGAACAACUUUGAACGCAUGAUCACUAUCGACGCGCACGACACGUUUGUCAAGGGCGUUACGUGGGACCCCGUCGGCAACUUCCUCGCCACACAGUCGGACGACAAGUCGGUGCGCAUCUGGAACACAGACAACUGGCAGUGUGUGGAGAAGGUAUCGAAGCCGUUCGAGCUGUCACCAUCCUCGACGUUCUUCCGCCGCCUCAGCUGGUCGCCUGACGGCGCGUUCAUCGCUACGUCCAACGCCAUGAACGGCCCUGUCUUCGUCGCUGCAGUUAUUGAGCGCGAGGGGUGGCAGUCGGACAUCUCGUUCGUUGGCCAUGAGAAUACCGUCCAGGUUGCGGCCUUCAACCCUCGCCUGUUCUUCCGCAUCGGCGACGAGGCAAGCCGCGUCAACGCAUCGUGCAUGGUAGCCCUUGGUGCGGACGAUUUCACCGUCUCGAUCUGGCGCAACACCAUGCACAAGCCCUUGGCUGUCAUCCGCGAUAUAUUUAACAGAGCUAUUUUGGACCUGUGCUGGUCGAAUGACGGACUGGUUCUCUACGGCUGCUCGGCGGAUGGGACGGCAAUGGCGAUCUCCUUCCGUCCUGAGGAGUUCCCCGAAUUGGGUCAGCCGGAGAUGACCCAGAUGAUACUCGACGAGUACAACUUCAAACCGGCACGCAAGCGUAAAGCGCUCACCUUGGGUCCCUCCUCGAGCUUCGCGGCGCCAGCGCCAGGCGGCGAGGAGAAGGUCAACAUGCUCCAGCCGCGCAAGGGCAAGCCCAAGCCUCGUAAGAUCAACUUACAGGGCACAAUGACAGGCGGCGCCAUGGCUGCCAAUGGGCGCUCCUCGUCAUCGAUGAGCAUUGGGGGAGGAGGCGGACGCGCCCCACUCCAGCGCCCCGAGGAGGGCAAUGGCAGGUCACCACAAAGGCCAGUAUUGCACACAGAGCCGCGCGGCGGUGCGCUAGACGCGUUUGCGCGCGCUGCUGACCAGCCAUUGAGUAUGAGCAGCGGCUCCGCCGCUACGGCGCGCAUGCUGGAAGGUGCACGAGGCAUGUUCGAGGACCGCGACCGGUCACGCCGAGACAUGUACGACGACCGGGGUUCGCACGCUGGCGCUGGCGAGAAGCGCAAGGUGAGCCUGGACACGGAAGACGACUACGAGCGGCCCGCCAAGGGACGGAGUCUCGGUGCGUCGCGACCACUGCCUCCUGUGCAGGAGAUUCGCGCACCUUUGGUCGCCAUCUCCGGCGGCAACGUUGGCGGCGGUGUCAAGCCACUGCCCGUUCCCCGUGUUCAAACAGGCCUCCAGACCAACCAGGAGGACGGUCACGGCUCGUUCAAGGCCGAGAACGUUGGAGCGACGCAAGAAUACUCGGUUACCUUCUCGCACGGCGGCGAGGAUCGCUGGAAGUACUUCAUUCCCUCUCCUGCCAUUCUCAUCACCGCGACGUCGCAGUUUUGCGCCGUGGCAUGUCAGGACGGUACGGUGUACACCUACUCGACGGGUGGGAGACAGCUCGACAACUUCAGGCUCUCCCUCCCUGCCUCGGACAUUGUGGGCUGCGAUGGGCGCCUACUGAUCCUGGCUGCGGACGGGGAGCUGCGCGUGAUCGAGGUGAAAAACCGGCGCAAGUUCGUCCCUCCAACGCCGGUGCGCCACCUCGUCCCUGACGUAGCUGAGGGCGACAUGCCACCCGUCGAGGCCUUCCUGCGCCCGAACGGGACACCCGUCCUCGUCACCUCGGAGCCAGCUGCCUGGGCGUUCGACCGCGAGAUGGGCGUGUGGAGCCAGAUCGCUGCUUCGUGGUGGUCCGCCUCGCCAUUAAACGAGCACGAAGGCCGGACACGCAACGGGCGCUCCGUGCCGAACGGCCCACUGGCUGAGAUCGAGGCCAAGGUUGCCGCUAUGCGCAGCGUUGCACCGCCCGACUCCAAACCCAACUGGUGGAACGAGUCCAUGGCGUGUGGACAUUACGAGACACGCCUGCGGGGUGCACGGCUGCUAGGGUCAAAGGACGAGUACCGCCACUGGCUGAAGGAGUACGCCAAGUACCUCGCCGACGAGUCUUUCCGCGAGCGCGCCGAAGACGUGCUCGCCGAGCUUAUGGGCCCGAUCUUCCACCUCGAGGGCCGGUCGAUCGACUGGAUUCCGCGGAUGAUGGGCACGCACAAGCACGACUUUGCGAAGGACUUCCUGAGCGUGCUGCGCCACACACCAGCUUUGAAGGGCAUGGCGGAGGACAAGCUUCAGCUCCUCAAGAGCAUCCAGCAAGCUGGCUCGCGAUGGGGCCGUGACGAUUAG